AUGGUGGACAAAAUGUCGCGGUACAGAUAUGCACCGCUACUGGUGUUCCAAAUAUUCCUGAUGAUCUUAUACAUACUGUUCACCACAUAUGGAGGCGCUGAAGAAGCCAAUAUUAAAGGCUUUGAAGACACCCAUGUGAUGAUAUUCAUCGGCUUUGCAUAUCUCAUGACAUUCCUUAAGAAGUAUUGCUACUCUGCUCUUGGAUACAAUUGGUUUUUAGCAGCAUUGGUCAUACAGUGGGCACUGCUCUGCCAAUCCUUCUUCCAUAUGAAGGACAAUAUGAUUCAUAUCACGAAGAAAAGUUUAUUGGAGGCUGACAUUAUGUCCGCGACCGUCCUCAUCACGUUCGGAGCUUUACUGGGUCUUGCAAGCGGAACCCAGCUAUUGUUCAUAGCCAUCAUAGAAACAGCAGUUGGCUGCAUAAAUUUGUACCUAAUGGAAAGUGUUUAUAAGGUAACAGACAUAGGUGGCUCUAUAGGUAUUCACACGUAUGGUGCGUACUUCGGGCUGGGAGUGAGCACUGCAUUUAGGUUAAGGAAGCCCACUGGACCGGACGCGGCCGGUACUGAGCGCCUCGAUGGGCCCACCUAUAUCUCCGAUAUUACUGCUAUGCUUGGUUCAAUAUUCCUAUGGAUCUUCUGGCCAUCGUUCAACUCCGGUUUGGCGCAAACUGACGCCGAAGCUCAGCGAGCAGUGGUCAACACUUACCUGUCUUUAGCUGCAGCUACGGUGACAACAUUCGUCCUCUCAGCAAUGGUGAGCCACAAACCAGGCAAGCUGGACAUGGUGCACAUUCAGAACUCCACCCUUGCUGGUGGUGUGGGAGUGGGAGCUGUCGCCAACCUGUUCAUUGGGCCUGGAGUCGCUAUAGCUAUUGGUAUUGGUGCUGGUGUCAUCAGCGUGUUGGGAUACAGGUUUGUGACGCCAUUGCUAGAGAAGAUCGGUAUCCAAGACACAUGUGGUGUGCACAACCUGCACGGCGCUCCUGGAGUAUAUUCUGGUCUACUGUCAGCUCUCUUCGCAGCUAUCGCCACUGUCGACACGUAUGGCUCCGAGUAUAGCAAUAUCUUCAGUGCAGGAGCUGCGGACGGCAGAUCGAGUUCGAUGCAAGCUGCAUAUCAGUUGGCAGCCCUCGCCACUACGCUGGUACUGUCAUUCGGAACGGGAUUCAUUUCCGGUUUGAUCGCAAAAACGAAGUUGUUCGCGCCCCUAGAGGUGCACCAGCGAUACGACGACGAAGUGAACUGGGAACUGCCCUAA